GGUGAGCCAUGGGUUUGCCACUGGCUUUUGUUAGGGGUCCAACAAUUUCAGCUUGCUGGGUAUCUUCGCCUUUCUCCCCGCAAGCUACACCACGAUGGUCCUGGGUGAAGAAGUAAAGGAGGUUUGUGCCGAGGUCCAGGCCAGCGCGAGUAUUGGCGAGGAGAGCAAGACUCGGGAUGAUCAUCUCUCUGGAGGUAAUACGGAGGAUCCAUCGUCAUUCCCAGAAGGAGGAUGGGAAGCCUGGUCGGUCGUUUUGGGGGCAUGGUGUGCUGUGUUCCCGACGAUGGGUAUAAUGAACCUGACCGGGCUGCUGGAAGAAUGGCUGGCCGACCACCAGCUACAGGGCCGUACCAAGGCUUCCAUCUCGUGGAUAUUCAGCCUCUGGUAUUUUCUCUUCUAUCUGGGUGGUAUCCAGAUUGGGCCCAUAUUUGAUACUCACGGCCUUAAAUAUACCCUCAUCCCAGGAUGCAUUGGCAUGUCAUUGUCGAUGAUGGCACUCAGUGUUUCCAACGAAUACUAUCAGUUCGUCCUGGGAUUCAGCAUUCUAGGUGGCCUCUCCGCAUCAGCGGUGUACACUCCCAGCGCCGUGUGCAUCACACACUGGUUCCUUCAAAGACGCGGCCUAGCAACCGGUAUUGCAACAACAGCCGGUGGCGUUGGGGGGAUCAUUUUCACCAAUGUAUUCGGGGUCCUUAGCCCUCAAAUCGGGUUUCCCUGGACCAUUCGUAUCCUUGGGUUUAUGUUCAUCGGAAGCUUAACCAUCAGCCUCCUGUUCCUCAAGGCCCGUCUUCCGCCUAGCCCAUUUUCACGUGCGAGAAUUGAUAUCGGGGCGCUCAAAGAGCCCGUCUUCACCAUGACAUCUGCCUCUGUUGUCCUCGCCGAGGUCGGCCUGAUGAUUGUAGUCACCUACCUUCCUUCCUACGCACGAUCCCACGGAAUCAGAGAUUCUCUAUCGUACCAGCUGAUGACCAUUGUCAGCGCCACCUCUAUCGUUGGUCGGGUCAUUCCCGGGAUCUUAGCAGACAAAUGGGGCCGCUUCAACGUCAUGUUUGUGACCUGUGCUGCAUGUGCCAUCCUCUCAUUUACGCUGUGGUUGAACAGUAGCAACAUGGCGGGCAUUCUUGCUUUUGCAGCACUUUUCGGAUUCUGGAGCGGACCGGCAAUCAGCCUGACGCCUGUGUGCGUGGCUCAGAUCUCGAAGACGGAGAACUAUGGCACGCGAUUUGGGGCAACCACGGCAGUGUUGGGAUUAGCAUUGUUAGUUUCCAUCCCAGUGGCAGGAGAGAUUUUGAAGGAGCAGAAUCGAGGAGGUGCAAGUGAAACAGAGUAUUCAGGCCUGAUUGCGUUUUGUGGAGCGGCGUAUGCUGGGGCCUGCUUGUUCUUGUUUCUGGCUAAAGGGGCAAGGGUGGGAUGGAGGCCGACAAAGAUCUUCUGA